AUGUCUCCCUUGCCCGAGAACGAUCGAGUUCUCAGUGCGACCACGAUGCUGAAGUUCAAGCAGACAUACACCCAUCAGGCACCUCAUGAUCUCCGAAUGGAAGCAGGAGAAGAAGAGGCGUUCCUUCCCAAAUCUAGCCAGAUCCAGGAGCCGCCUCAUGGCCGGCCGUGGGUGGAAUGGGUUCUCGUUUUUCUCCUUGGACUGUCAGUUUUCCUCAAUGUGAUGACUCAGAUUGUGGGACGAGGACAGGAUCUCGAUGAAGUUUGUGCCCUUUAUACCUCACAAACUCCAUCCCCCAUACAGCAAGAUCUCAAAAUAAAAUAUUCCACCGUGCAGUUCGAGGGUUCCUUCUCCAACCCCAACAGCAGCACGUUUCGUCUACCGCCCGGACCCGAAGUCGAUGAAGCAUGGAUGUCACUAGGUGUUCAAAACCAUCACUACAUCGUCCCCGAGCACUUGGGCGAACGCUACGGUCUAAAUCCCGGCGCUGCCAAACUAUCCCCGGAGCUGGGAGGUGGAUUCCCUGUUCUUUUCGAAUUCGAACACCACCUGCACUGUCUGAAUUUACUGCGUCAGUCCACGCACUGGAACUACGGCCACUACGCUGCUGAAGGAAAAGGUGUCUUUGGCACCCCCGAAGAGAUGCAGUACAAGCACGUCAACCAUUGUAUAGAUAUCUUGCGACAGCAACUUAUGUGUCAGCCGGACACGGGGGUGUUUGGUCAAUAUUGGAUCAAGUCAACUGGCGAACUGUUCGUUGAUUUCAAUACCAAGCACAAAUGUAAGAACUUUUGGGAAUUGAAGAACUGGGCCGUAAAUCAUCAGGUGGAUCCUAAGAAAUUAGAGAUUUUGGCUGUGACUCAGAGGCCAGAAGAUGUUGUUUUGGAUGACAUCCCAUAA